GGGCUGCCUGGGAGCCACGUGAUCUAAACGGAUGAUGGCGGGCGCCGCGGAAGACGUGCGGGUGCUCUUCGGAGCUGCGGUCCGCGCUGCGCUGGAGGCUUGGCCUGCUUUACAGAUCGCUGUGGAGAAUGGCUUCGGGGGCGUGCACAGCCAGGAGAAGGCCGAGUGGCUAGGGGGUGCAGUGGAGGAUUACUUCAUCGCCAAUGCUGACUUGGAGAUGGAAGAGAUAGAAGAUUUUCUUGGGGAGCUGAUGACCACUGAGUUUGAUACAGUUGUGGAAGAUGGGAGUCUGCCCCAGGUGAGCCAGCAGCUACAGACCAUGUUCCACCACUUCCAGAAGGGUGAUGGGGCUGCUCUUCAGGUUAUGACCUCUCAGAUCAACCAAAAAAAGUGCAAAGUCACGGCUACCCCACUUAUGACAGCCAAAGAAACUGAUGUGGCUGAAGAUGAUGUGGACAGCGUGGAAGAAAUGGAGGUGACAGCUACUAAUGAUGGGGCCAUAACUGAUGAGGUCUUCCCACAGCCUCAACCCUCUGAUCCAGACACCCAGACUAUUAAGGAAGAGGAUAUAGUUGAAGACGGUUGGACCAUUGUCCGGAGAAAGAAAUGAGCAGGGCAGUACAUGUUUUGGGCCCUCGUUUGUUAGAUAUUAUGAGACUUAUAGGAGCUGUUUUGGGGGGCUAUACACCUCUGUUCUGGAAACCAUAACCCUUCUUUGUUCCCCUGUCCUUCCCUUCAGGGGAAGGAAAGCCCUAGUUGUGGGGUUGAUGGGACCUAUUCCAGCCCCUUGAAUCUUCAGGUACCAUAUGAGAGCUAAGAGCAGGUUUCCUAGCAUAGUGCCUCCUAGGCACAGUGAAUAUGAAGAUGGCUGAUAAGUGUGGAAGUGGUUGGAGACCCGACUUGUAGAAAAUCGGCAGGUACAUUUGUGGAAAGGACUAGAAUUCCACAGUGGUAGGCUGGCUGGAUUGGCAAUCAUGAGAUAAGUAUACAGUUGGAAGAGGGAAAAGAUGUAGACAUCUCUAUAUUCCCCAAUGUCCCCAUCCUAGCCUCCCUCAGAACAACCCUCAUCCUGCCCAGAAUUUGCAUCCUCCUGGGAAUGCUCCCUGCUUGAAUACCCUUGAGAGUUUGAAGGACUUGACUAAAAGUGGUGAACUUGAAUGUUGGGCUGUUUUAAGUCCAGGGAUGAGGCUUAAGACCUUAAUAACAUAGAACACUUUCUUGUUUAAUCCAUGAUUUAACCUUGGAAUCAGCUUUCUGUGAGCUGAGCUUCAAAAUUUGGCAAGAGAGUAGUUUCUGCACCCUCCCAUCUCCCUUAGUAGCCUGGGACUUUGGACAAACGGACGGACCAUAGCAGUGCUCUGAAAGUUACUGUAUGCCUGAAAUAAACUGUAUUUUUCUUUAAAAAA